UAAAAGGAACAGAAAUUCUAAAGAAACGACACAUAAGAGAGCUUCAGCUGCUCUAUCUCUCUCUCGCUUCCCUUUUAAUUUUUCCUGUCUUUACCCCGACGCCGACCUCUAACGGUUCGCUGUUGCAAACCGGUGGCGCCGAUAUUUCUGUACGGAAGAGUCUCAACGUCCUUUUCCAUUUCUCGAUCUCUCCACUCGUUUCCGUGCUCGUUAUCAACUCUCAUUUGCUGUUGAUAAAUUUCUUUUUCUGGUGUGCCAACAAAAAAUCGCGAUAAUAAAAAUCGUUGUAAAAAGGUAUACAAAAUGAUUGGAUCAUUUCUAACACGAGGGCUUGUGAUGGUUUUUGGCUAUGCUUAUCCAGCGUAUGAGUGCUAUAAAACGGUCGAAUUGAAUAAGCCAGAGAUUGAGCAACUCCGAUUUUGGUGCCAGUAUUGGAUUUUGGUGGCGGUUUUGACAGUUUGUGAGAGAAUUGGAGAUACUUUUAUUUCAUGGGUCCCAAUGUACAGUGAGGCUAAGUUGGCAUUUUACAUAUACUUAUGGUACCCUAAAACUAAGGGAACCUCCUAUGUGUACGAUUCCUUCUUCAAACCAUAUGUUGCGAAACAUGAGAAUGAAAUAGAUCGCAGCUUGUUGGAGCUGAGGACUAGGGCUGGAGAUAUGGUUUUUGUAUACUGGCAAAGAGCAGCAAGUUAUGGUCAGACAAGAGUUUUUGAGAUUUUGCAGUACAUUGCUGCACAGUCAACAACAAGGCCUCGCCCUGCUCAGCCACAGCAGCAAGGUGCUAGGGCUCGCCAGCCUUCUGCUCCCAGCCGUCAACCUUCAUCAAACCGUCAACCAGCUACGACACAAGCAGAGCCAGAAGAAUCUCUAUCUCCCACUUCUAGCACAUCUUCAAGUCAGCACCAAAUGGAAGUAGCGGAAGAGGCAGGUCCUUCUAAAGUGCUUGAAGCAGCAGUUCCUGCAACAGCUUCAAAUGCCCAAACAGCACCUGAAGUUUCCAGCCAACCUAAACCAACCGAGGAAGAAGCAAUGGAGACUGAAGACGUGCCAUCAUCUUCAGAAAACAAAAACGAAGACCCUACACCAAAAGAAACUUUGAUGGAGCAAACAACACGGGAUACACGUGUCAGAUUGAGGAAAACCCAUUCUGGAACAAACCGUUGAAGACCGGUGCCAAAUUUUUCCCAAUUUUAGACCCCAGCACAAGUAUUUAAUCAGUAGGUGGACGGUGAUGGGUAUCGUUUUUUUUUUUUUCCUUUUUUUUUUCUGCAACGGUGGUGUAAAUUUGUAAUCUUCUGUUUCCCAAUUCCAUUUGUUGCUUAAUUGUUUGAACUCAAGUUGGCAAAUAAAGGGUCUUGGGUUCAUCAUACAA